AAGACUAUACAAAGUCAUAAAUUCUUCAUACUCCAGUGCAGCACUAUUGUCUUUAAAUAAAUCCAAAACAAAAACAAUACCUCUCUCAUACCACUUGUCAAUAAAAAGAGAUUAAAACACUUGAAUUAUUCCAAAGAAUUUCUUUGUGAAAGGUUAUGCUCGUAACACAGCUUCCAAGCAAGUAAAGCUUGUUUGUGAAAAUUACUUUGGAUCAUGCACUCUGUGAAAGGCCAAGUCUGGCAGUGACGUCAUGCUGUCUGCCUCGAAGCCCCGCCCCCGCGCGCUAAGCCCCGCCCCCCGCCGGUUCCCAGCCAACUUGGACUUGAAUGAGGUGCGCGCCGCAGACGGCUGGAAAGUAGUACAAACCGUCUGGGAAUAACACCGGGAAUACUGGAGCACAGCGGCCAGACAGCGGGACGGGGGUGGGGGGACGGAGGCUAAAGGAAAGCCGUUCCUGGAAGAAAGAAGCGUCGCUGAGGGAAAAAGAAAAGCCUGCGUCAAUGUUUUUAUUCGACAGCGCGCCGUGAAGCGAUCGCGUCCGUCCGUUCUCCGCGAGAUCUCCUCAAUGUUCAGCUUCAUGGGUCUGAUGAACGGAACCACCGACACCCACACCAAUGUCUCCUGUACAUGUAACUGCAAGAGAUCCACUUCAUUCCAGAGCAUGGCGAUCACCCAGCUGGAGUUUGUUCAGAUUCUGGUGAUCGUGGUGGUGAUGAUGAUGAUGGUGGUGGUGAUCACGUGUCUGCUGAAUCACUACAGACUGUCUGCGCGAUCUCUCAUCUCCCGCCACGGACGAGCGCACAGACGACACCUGCCCCUGCCUUCGGAGGGCAGUCUGUGGUCCUCUGAUGGUCCCAGCUCUUCUAGUGCCAUGAGUGAGGUUUACGCUCCGGACCGGGUGCCGUCGUACCUUCAGCGCGAGCGUCUGUCGCGCUUCCAGCCCACGUUCCCGUACCUUCCUCACGCCAUCAUCGACCUCCCGCCGACCAUCUCUCUGUCAGACGGCGAGGAGCCUCCGCCGUACCAGGGCCCCUGUUCCCUUCAGCUGCGGGACCCCGAGCAACAGCUGGAGCUCAACCGCGAGUCGGUCCGAGCGCCGCCCAACCGCACCGUGUUCGACAGUCCGCUCAUCGCUCCGCCGGCGUACAGCGAGGUCAUCGGCCACUACUAUCACCCCACAUCACAGACUCACCCCACAGCGCUGGUGCAGGGCGCGAUCCACAUCAGCCACACCGACAGCAGAAACACACGCAGCAAAGACAAAGCCAAAGCACAGCACGUCUGACGCUCAGCUGCCUCUGCUGCACAAGACGCCUCUCUUCCUCUUCUGGGGCCUCAUUUAUAAAUUGUCACGCAGAAACCAUCCUAAAAUUUGAUCUUAUAAUCAUAUGCGUUACUAGGGUUGGGUAUCGUUUGAAUUUUAUCAAUUCCGAUUCUGAUCGAUUCCCAGUUUCUAUUCCAAUGUCAAACAUUUAGAUAUCAAGCAUAUAUGUGACCCUGCAGCACAGAAGCAGUCAUAAGCAGCACAGCUAUAUUUGCAGAAAUAGCCAACAAUACAUUGUAUGGGUCAAAAUUAUACAUUUCUCUUUAAUGCUAAAAAUCAUUAGGAUAUUAAGUAAAGAUCAUGUUCCAUGAAGAUAUUUUGUAAAUUUCUUACCGUAAAUAUAUAAAAACUUCAUUUCUGAUUAGUAAUAUGCAUUGCUAAGAACUUCAUUUGAACAACUUUAAAGGUGAUUUUCUCAAUAUUUAGAUUUUUUUGCACCCUCAGAUUCCAGAUUUUCAAAUAGUUGCAUCUCAGACAAAUAUUGUCCGAUCCUAACAAACCAUACAUCAAUUUUUUUUUAAAUUGACUCUUAUGACUGCUUUUGUGCUCCUGGGUCAUAUUUAUUCUGUGUCUCUUUUUGCAAAACAUUUAAUUGCUGCUGAACACCAUGAACAAAAAUCAGCCGGCUGCAUAAACACUGGAUUAAGAGCUGUUUGUGUGCAAAACAGAGUCGCACGAUUCUGGAUAAAUUGAGACUUUUUUAUAAUUUUUUUGGUUAAUGGAGGCUGUAGUUCUCUCACAAUUCUGAAGAAAAAAUAUUAGGCGACCAAACAAAAUCUGAUGGAAUUUCUGAGUGGAAUGAUUCAGUGACUUACUCAAGAUUGACUCGUUUCUUUACUGGAUGAAUCAGUGUUUUUGAAUGAAUGAUUCAAAGACAAAUACAUUUUAACAGCCCCAGCUAAAAAAAAAAAAAAAAAAAAAGAUGCUCACACAGGAAUUGAUAGAUGGAAUUGAAAUCUUAAUUUAACAACAAGUAUCUGAUUCCUGUCCAUAGUAUCCGAUUCUGGAAUUGGAAUUGAUUUUCGAUUCCCAACCCUAUGCAUAGAAUGAACAGACGCACAGAAAACGCAUGUAUGCCUCUCUUUCAGAUGUGAAAUCUAUAUCGCAAAUGAUCUUGAACUUGUGCGCAACUGAAUGAUUUCAGCUCCUGAAUAAUGUCAUAAACAUAGAAAAAAAAUUUCCAAAACCUGCAGUACUCCUUCAAGAAAAAGUGCGUACGUCUGCUCAGACCCUGACGUCAAAGACAGUUUUUACAAAUAUAAAUGAGGCCCCUGUUGGCCCCCGAGAGGCAGCGCUUCAGACUUUCUAUAAAUAUUUACGUGUUACUUGUCCUCAGUGCUCUUAGUCUCUCUGUACUCAAACUCUGACAACAAACAAAAACGCUUCCUUUCAGCCGUUUCCCUGAGCGAUGGAGAAGAUUCGGUCUUCCUCUUAGAAACAUUAAUCACAAUCUUGUGAUUCUUCAUCACAGUUCUUCUUCUGUUAAAUGUGCGUGACUUCCUCAUGAGAGUUUUGCACAAUAUUCAAAGCACCCGACUGUUUUGGAGCAGAUGUGGAAGUGUUUGUUCAGUUGUUUGCGGUCAGGGAGAGAGUUAAUGCUUCAGCAUUAAUGUACGUGUGUGUAUAUAGGCUACUAUAUAAAUAUAUAUAUACAUGUAUAUGGAAAACUGAAAAACAAACUUAAAAGCACGGUUUUAGAGUUAUUUAUAUAAAUGUCUAAAAUUGCACUAUUUUUAAUAUAACGAUAUGACAGGCCUCGGCUUGUGAUCGGUCCACAGAUGGUGUGAGUGUCCUGGACGCUGGUUAAUGAUGAGUAACCGGUUAACUCUGCUGAACUCAUCCGGACGCGUCGAACGCCUUUGCUUCACAGCUCGACUGAACAAAUCUGAAUCAGCCGGAGGAACGUCGCUGAGAGUUCUAGAGAUCAACGGUAGUCUUUUUUCAACUAGAUUAACUAGCGUUAGCUUCGGUUUCUUAAAUGUAUUUGCCUUAAUUUUAUUCUAGAUUCUAGAAACCUGGAUACACAAUCAUUGAUGUUUAGAACAUAAAGGAUUUCUUCUGCUCGGCUGUGGCGCAGCGGCUCGGGUUCACAUGCGGCGUCUCUUAUAGCACUUUACCGACUCGUGGGAGGAAAACAAUCGACGAGCUGUAGCCGCCGGAUUCCUUCGGAGUAAACGAGCACUAAAGCAAACGAAUAUGCAACUGCUCCCUGAUCGGACGACGCGCGCAGAGCUGAAAUCACAUCAUGGGAUCCGUAACGAUCCUGAGCUUCACUGAAUCACCGAAUCUAAUAUUGAACACAAUCUCAUUCACUCGCUGCCAAAUAGUGACUGCUGGUGAAUCCCAUGAUUCGGUCUGCGCUCGUCUGUGCGCUCGGGGAAUAUCGGGUCCGAUUUUGUGGUGUUCGGUUUUACUCCAGAGAACCGCUGCUGACAGGAAGUCAACAGCUGGAGAGAGAAACUCAACGAGUCUUUAUUAUUGUUUUAGUCAUAGAUGUUCAGAAUGAUUCAUUUGCUGUUUUUAUAAUAUAUAUUCCACAUUAUAGCUGCAUAAUCGACUGAAUCCAGACUUUAAUCCGGCUUUUUGAAUUCCAGACUAGUUGGUAACUAACUACCCUUGGGUCAUUCUUUAUAUUAUGUUUUAGCAAUAGAUGUUUAGAAUGAUUCGUUUGCCAUUUUUAUAAUAUGAAUUCCAUAUUAUAACUGAGUAAUUGGCCAUAUGCAGAUUUUAAUCUGGCUGUUUAAAUACCCAAACUAGUUAGCGGUAACUAACUACCCAUGGGUAUUUUUUUUAUUACAUUUUAGUCAUAAAUGUUCAGAAUCAUUAAUUAGCCAUUUUUAUAAUACAGUAUAUAUCUGGCCAAACGCAGACUUUAAUCUGUUUGUUUAUAUUCAGAUUUAGUUAGUUGGUGACUAACUAGCUGUGGGUUGUUAUUUUAUUAUAUUUUAGUCAUAGAUGUUCAGAAUCAUUAGUUUGCCUUUUUUAAUAUUACAGUAUAUAUUCCAUAUUACGACGGAAGUAAAUGGCCAAAUGCAAACUUUAAUCCGAUUGUUUAAAUUCCGAACUGGUUAGCUGAUAACUAACUACCUGUGGGUUGCUAUUUUUAUUAUAUUUUAGUCAGAUGUUCAGAAUGAUUUUUUUAUGCUAUAUUUUUCAAAUUGUAAUUAAUCGUCUGAAUAUAGUCUAGUUGGUUGGUAACUAACUACCCGUGGGUCGUUCUCUCUCCAGCUGCGGCGUGAUGUCUCUCCUUUACAGAGACGGCCGUUUGUUCCCUGUGAGAUGCCAGUGUGUCACAUGACCCCGUCAGCCAAUCAGGUGGCCGUUGACAGGAAGUGACAGUGUAUGCAUGAUGAUGAUGAUGAUGAUGAUGAGGUAGUUUAGUGGAGAGAGUUGCAAUAUACCGACUAUUUGCCUUUUGAUAAUGUAGUUUGUUUAGCUCAGAUUAAAGAUGUGCUAGUUGUUUUUUGUUAUUGUUUCUUCUCGUUUAAAGGUCAUUUUUGUUUCGUUCACUCAUUAAACAGACGGCGGGUUUGUGCUGUUUGAGAGGCUCGUUAAUGUGAGCGCAGACUGAAGAAGCGUGACGAGUGCCUUCCAGUCUCCAGCACAGACUCGUGUGUGUGUGUGUGUGUGUGUGUGUGUGUGUGUGUUUAGUUCUGUUGCCUUCAUGUUUGAAACGCCCCCAUGAUUACAUCUGCAUCAGAAUGCAUUUGAUGCACUUUUGAUUUAGUGAAAUGAAGCACAAGAUGAAUCCAAACGACGGGUCUGGUUCACGGCUGUCUGCUCAUCUUCAUCUUCAUGUUGCUUUGGGCUGGAUGAAGCAGUUUCUGGGCUCUUAAUCAAAUCACUGAAGGCUUUCCGUGUGAAAGAGGCAUUUCCAAAGAAGGACUUUCUCUCCAGUGAUUGAAGCUCUUAUGUUUUCUCUGCUGUUGCAUUGCUUUGGGUUUGAACAUGCCAUUGAACGCUCUCUGCGGUUGCAAUAUGAACAUAUUUACAUAACUGUUAUUGUCAGUAAUGACCGCUUACAUGUCACUCUUUUAUUUUUAUUUAUAUUGGAUCCUGAAAGUGUUACCGGUGUUUCUCUUUGGGACAGUGUCUAUUACACACCAUCUUAUACAAUCUCAUGCAUUUCAAUUAGCUGCCAAUUAUAUGAAUAAAACAUUUUAUAAAAUAA